UCAACUGUGCUACUUAAUGAACCAAACAUUUCUUCGCUAUGUGGUCAGCAUCAUCAGCACCAGAGUCUCUCCCCAGUCUCUCGUGUGGUGCGUGACGUCACAGCCAGGGGGCGUGGCUCUACAGGUGCGCCAGAACAGUCGAAACUCGGAGUGCUUCUGAUGUCAGUCACGUGGCUUUCAACAAUGGCCAGGCUUGAUGGGAUCCUCCCACGAGAAGUUUCUGCUGUCCGACUGCUUUCGAAAACAAACGGAAACAAACCCCAUCAUUCCCAGCAGGGGCUAUUUGCGUGAUCUCCCAAACCCAUCAUCAUGCGAACUCCUGGGAUUUUUAUUUUCGGGAUGGUGCUCGCGCCCUGCGGGUGGAUUCUGGAGCUGACCAGCACCGUGGCACCAGCCUGGCGCACGAUCAACAACCUCCCGGGACAAUCCAGCGACCUGGUCCUCCAGCAAGGAUUAUGGGACAUCUGCAGGACUUUCACAUCGUCCCGGGACAUUCAGUGCAACCAGCAGGACACGCAGUACUUCAGUGCGCAGAUCAUCCAGAUCGCGCGAGCUCUGAUGCUGUCCUCGCUCAUCCUCGAUCUCAUUGGCAUCGGCGUGGCGUCAGUCGGAGUCCGAUGCUGGACUGAGAAACCGCACUGGACGGUCGCUGGGGUCGGAGGUCUCCUCAUCUUCAUCUCAGGGGUCCUCACUAUCAUCCCAGUGGCGUGGUACACUCACAUCAUGACCUCCAUCUUCUCCGCAUCCACCGAUGUCCGUGUGGGAUACUGCCUGGUGCUGGGCUUCAUCGGCGGGAUCAUGGAGGUCCUCGGAGGACUGGUGAUGUCCAUAGGCUUGUGUCGGCGCUGUGGCGCUCGGAAGCGUGAUGAGAGGCCGAGGGCCUUCGCGGUGAAGUCCACGCGCGGUCCGUCUCCAGCGCACAGAGUCACGGUGCCCAGCAUCAGCAGCAGCGUCAGCAGCGUCCCGUAUUACUCCAGACAGAGUGAGAUGGACUUCACACGAGCCAAGAGACAGCAGGACAGCACUGCUUACAGAGCACGACCUUACGACACAGAUUUGUGAUCAAAGAACUUUCAAUCGUGUAAAUCACCAUGGCACUUAAAAUCACUGAUUUGUAUUAUAGUCUAGAUAUAUUAUAGAUCAGUGGUUCAUACAGUUACCAGAGUUUAUCGAUCAGAUAAAAAUACAGACAGCUUAUAUUUUAAUUUCUAGUGUCUGGUUAUCCCUAAAAUAUUAUAUAAUUUUGUCAUUUACUGUAAAACUGGAAAAACAUGUAUUUUGUACACAGUGCAUUUCAUUUUGUUUA